UUUAAAUCUUGUUGUUUGUUAGGUGCUUUAAAAGAUUUUGGCAAGGAGGCUAUGUCAAAUAUUGAAAAGGACACUGCGAUGGGUCCAAAUACAUUAGAUUUGCAAAAUCAAAUUGGUAAAUGUGAAACAUCUGAAACAUGUACAGAAAAAUGGACAGAAGAUUUUCUUAAACAAACAGCUGAUCAAUUUGAAAAAAAUUUGCAAAACUUAUUACAAAAUGGCGAUAAUGAACUAGAAGCUGCUUUGCAAAAACUUGGAGAAACAUCGACCAAUGAUGCAACAGAUGAAAAAGACAAUAUUAGUGCAGAUUUUCAAACAGCUAUUUCACAAGUUUUAAAGGACUUGACUACAAAUUCUGAAAAUUUGCAGAAUGAUACCGACUUAGCAGCUAUGCUAGGACGAACAUCUCUUGAUAGCGACACUGGUGAUAUAUUACCAUUUAUGCAAGGAAUGAUGGAACAUCUUUUGUCAAAAGAAAUUCUUUAUCCAUCAUUGAAAGAAUUAUCAGAUAAGUAUCCAGCAUGGCUAGAAGAACACAGAACAACUAUGAAUUCUUCUGAUUUACAGAGAUAUACAAAACAAUCAGAGUUGAUACAAAAGGUGUGUAUUGAAUUGGAAAAGGAAAACAAAGAUGAUACUGAAGAUAUUAAAAAACGUCGAUUUGAAUCUAUACUGAAACUUAUGACAGAAAUGCAAAAUUAUGGUCAAGCACCAGAAGAUCUUGUUGGUGAACAAUGUUCACUCUUUCAAUUUGAUUCUGAAGGAAAUCCCAUUCUUCCAUUACCAUCUGAAAUAGAUUCUCAACAAGACUGUAGUGUUAUGUAAAUUCUUUAAAUGUGUCUGAAAUAUUUUUUCACUGAUUUUUAUUUUAUAAUUCAGUAAAGUUUAUUAAU